AUGUUAGAGGGUGCAAAAUCAAUAGGUGCCGGAGCUGCUACAAUUGCUUCAGCGGGAGCUGCUAUCGGUAUUGGAAACGUGUUCAGUUCUUUGAUCCAUUCCGUGGCCCGAAAUCCAUCAUUGGCUAAACAAUCAUUUGGUUAUGCCAUUUUGGGCUUUGCUCUAACCGAAGCUAUUGCAUCGUUUGCCCCAAUGAUGGCCUUUCUGAUCUCAUCCGUAUUCCGAUCGAAAGAAGAAGGUUGA